UUAUAUUAGUGCAGAACACUGUACCUUUAAUUUAAAUGCCCUUGGAGUCUGCUGGGGAAGAGAAAUAAUACUGUCAGUCAGUAUGACAUGCAGAUGAGUGCCGUCGAUCUUAGAAUCACCGCACACUUCACUCAUUUGGGCAGUCACGGGGCCAAAACCAGAGUGUGGAGCCACAGUGUGGCGGUGGAGGCAGCAGCAAUGGGAGGCCAUACAGCACCCUAUGACAAAAUGGAACCCACCAGCAGUGUGAGGAGACCUGAAAGUGGCACAUGGCAGAGUGUGGCGAUGGAGACAGCAGCAAUGGGAGGCCGUACAGGGACCCAUGACACACUCUGGACCUGGCAGCAGCAUGAGGAGGCGGUACAGGGGCCCAUGGCAGAUUACGGGCCUGGCAGCAGCAUGAGGAGGCGGUACAGGGGCCCAUGGCAGAGGAUGGAUCUGGCAGCAGUAUGAGAAGGCGGUACAGGGGCCCGU